UUAGAACAUUUUAUUGGGUGUUACAGAAGAGGCUGUGCACCCAGUAAUGAAACAAUUGAGUGUUGCCACAACAGGGGGCAUCACUGGGAAAUUCACGGUUUUGUCGUCUGUUUACCUAUAUUCGAAGUUAACAGUACUAGAAAUUGAAUUCCUGAGCGCUGUACUUGAACAGUGUGUCAUGCCUCACAGCCAGGGUGGUCCCUGCCAUGCCCUGACAGCCAUAUGGAUACUACUAUGGUAAGACUGCGGUCACAGGACCUUAACAGGCACAGUAAGUUUUCUGUACUUAAAAAAUACAAGUGGGAAACAGUCUGGCUGGAGAUUGUUCAGAAAAUGACUGCUGCUUUGAGAACAGUAAGUUCUGCAUCAUGGUUAGCCUAGUACUUCGAAGUUGACCUCACGGGGUCACCUGUAGUAAGGUAGUGCGGUUGGGAACGGCCUGGAUCAAGUCCUAAGGCAUGAAGGGUACGGGGGCCGGAUGUGGGAAGUGCCCCUUCCGGGUCUGCGCAUGCGCGCCGUGUUCCCGCUCUUCCUGUGGCGCCCAUUUCCGGCAUUUGCCUGCUGCUCACAGGGACGCUGAGGAACUUCACGCCUGCCGGCUGGAGAUGCAGAGGUCGAACGUGUCCACCACCCCCUCGGCCCCUGCGGUGUCUUCCUCGUCCUCGGGAGGGGCUGCCCCACAGGGUCCGCACCACUUCCUCGGGCCCCGGGCGAUCUCUCCCAGCCGCCCUUCCGCGCGGGCCUCGACGUCAUCCCUGCCGGGCUCAUCUGGAGCUGUAGGUGACCGCAGCGGCAGCAGCAGCGGCUGCCCAGGCCUCCCUGAGAGCUACCCGCCGGCGCCAGGGUCCCACUUUGGAAACAAAAGAUCUUAUGCAGCAAAUGUAGUUACAUCAAAUUUUACUUUUGGUACCAGCUCAUCUUCUGCGCAAGAAACUCAUUGUCCCCAAGUACUUAAAACUCCAUUGUCUGCUGGAAAUCCCCAAAGAUCAGGUUACAGAAGUUGGACACCACAAAUGGGACAUUCAGCUACAUCCUCUUCUGCAGUGUCCGCCCAUUCCCCAUCAGUUAUUGUAGCCGUGGUGGAAGGGAGAGGACUUGCCAGAGGUGAAAUAGGAAUGGCAAGUAUUGAUUUAAAAUGCCCGCAAAUUAUACUCUCCCAGUUUGCAGACAACACCACAUAUACAAAGGUGAUCACGAAACUCAAAAUUUUAUCACCUUUGGAAAUAAUAAUGUCAAACACUGCUUGCGUUGUGGGAAAUUCAACCAAGUUGUUUACUCUUAUCACAGAAAAUUUCAAGAAUGUUAAUUUCACUACUAUCCAAAGGAAAUACUUCAAUGAAACAAAAGGAUUAGAGUACAUUGAACAGCUAUGCAUAGCGGAAUUCAGCACUGUCCUACUGGAAGUUCAGUCCAAGUAUUACUGCCUUGCAGCUCUUGCAGCUUUGUUAAAGUAUGUUGAGUUUAUUCAAAAUUCAGUUUAUGCACCAAAAUCGCUGAAGAUUUGUUUCCAGGGUAGUGAGCAGACAGCCAUGAUAGAUUCCGCAUCAGCCCAAAACCUUGAAUUGCUAAUUAAUAAUCAAGACAGUAGGAAUAAUCACACUCUCUUUGGUGUUCUAAAUUAUACUAAGACUCCUGGAGGGAGUAGAAGACUUCGUUCUAAUAUAUUAGAGCCUCUAGUUGAUAUUGAAACCAUUAACAUGAGAUUAGAUUGUGUUCAAGAAUUACUUCAAGAAGAAGAACUCUUUUUUGGCCUUCAGUCAGUUAUAUCAAAAUUCCUUGAUACAGAACAGCUUCUUUCUGUUUUAGUCCAAAUUCCAAAGCAAGACACGGUUAAUGCAGCUGAAUCAAAGAUAACAAAUUUAAUAUACCUAAAACAUACCUUGGAACUUGUGGAUCCUUUAAAGAUUGCUUUGAAGAACUGUACCACACCUUUAUUAAGAGCUUACUAUGGUUCCUUGGAAGACACGAGGUUUGGAAUCAUACUUGAAAAGAUUAAAACAGUAAUUAAUGAUGAUGCAAGAUACAUGAAAGGAUGCCUAAAUAUGAGGACUCAGAAGUGUUAUGCAGUGAGAUCUAAUAUAAAUGAAUUUCUUGACAUAGCUAGAAGGACAUAUACAGAGAUUGUGGAUGACAUAGCAGGAAUGAUAUCACAGCUUGCAGAAAAAUAUAAUCUUCCUUUAAGGACAAGCUUUAGCUCUGCUCGAGGAUUUUUUAUCCAGAUGACUACAGAUUAUGCAGUGCUACCCAGUGAUCCGCUUCCUUCUGAAUUUAUCAAGAUUUCUAAAGUGAAAAAUUCUUACAGCUUUACAUCAACAGAUUUAAUUAAAAUGAAUGAAAGAUGCCAAGAGUCUUUGAGAGAAAUUUAUCACAUGACUUAUAUGGUCGUGUGUAAACUGCUUAGUGAGAUAUACGAACACGUUCAUUGCUUAUACAAACUCUCUGACACUGUUUCAAUGCUGGAUAUGCUACUGUCAUUUGCUCACGCCUGCACUCUCUCUGACUAUGUUCGACCAGAGUUUACUGAUACUUUAGCUAUAAAACAGGGAUGGCAUCCCAUUCUUGAAAAAAUAUCUGUGGAAAAACCAGUUGCCAACAAUACCUAUAUAACCGAAGGCAGUAACUUUUUGAUCAUAACUGGGCCAAAUAUGAGUGGGAAAUCCACAUAUUUAAAGCAGAUUGCUCUUUGUCAAAUUAUGGCCCAGAUUGGAUCUUAUGUUCCAGCAGAAUAUUCUUCCUUUAGAAUUGCUGAACAGAUUUUUACGAGAAUCAGUACUGACGAUGAUAUUGAAACAAAUUCGUCAACAUUCAUGAAGGAAAUGAAAGAGAUAGCAUAUAUUCUACAUAAUGCUAAUGACAAAUCACUCAUACUAAUUGAUGAACUUGGCAGAGGAACUAAUACAGAAGAAGGCAUUGGCAUUUGCUAUGCUGUUUGUGAAUAUCUGCUGAACUUAAAGGCAUUUACACUGUUUGCUACACAUUUCCUGGAACUCUGUCAUAUCGAUGCCUUGUAUCCUAAUGUAGAGAACAUGCAUUUUGAAGUUGAGCAUGUAAAGAAUACCUCAAGAAACAAAGAAGCAAUUUUGUAUACCUACAAACUUUCUAAGGGCCUUACGGAAGAAAAAAACUACGGGUUAAAAGCUGCAGAGGUGUCAUCACUUCCACCAUCAAUUGUCUUGGAUGCCAAAGAAAUCUCAACUCAGAUUACGGGACAAAUUUUGCAAAAACAAAGGAGUACCCCUGAGAUGGAAAAACAGAGAGCCGUGUACCAUCUUGCAACUAGACUUGUUCAAACUGCUCGAAACUCUCAGUUGGAUCCAGACAGUUUACGAAUGUAUUUAAGUAAUCUCAAGAAGAAAUAUGAAGAAGAUUUGUCCAGGGCUGAACAAGUUCCGGGAAAAACUGAAGAGUAGUAAUAAUUCACAUAAUGUAGUAUUGAAAUAAUGUCUUUUAAUAUAAGGAACCUAGAAUUUAUCUCCUGAGAGCAAAAGAAAAUAUUUUCUAAAUUUUAUAUUUCCAUUGAAAAUGAUAUCAGUAUUUUCA